CUUCGCAUCAAGGCCUCCCAUAACCUAUGUUUCAGGGAACGCACAAAAAGUGUCGGUUCAUUAUACACCUCAUAUAUUUUUGAUUGUGUCGAAGUUCACGAUGCCGUUGGAAAAUUUGGAAGAGGAAGGCUUGGAGAAAAAUCCGAAUCUGGAAUUGGCGCAAACUAAAUUCCUGUUGAGUCUUCCCGAGCACAGGAAUGAUCAUCUUCUUAAGACGAAACUCUUGGAUGCCAUUAAAGCCGAUAACAUGGCUCCAUUUUAUGAGGAGGUGUGUAAAGACUUGGACUGGUCAACAGAUGAAGCACUGCUUACAACAAUGAAAGCACACAAUACAGAACAGUUGAAAAAACUCGACGAUGCUAUUGAGGAUGCUGAAAAGAAUUUAGGCGAGAUGGAAGUUCGCGAAGCCAAUUUGAAGAAAUCUGAAUAUCUAUGUCGAAUAGGCGAUAAAGAAGGUGCAAUCUCGGCAUUUAGGAAAACUUACGACAAGACAGUAUCUUUAGGACACAGACUAGAUAUUGUAUUUCAUAAUAUCAGAAUUGGAUUGUUCUAUCUGGAUCAUGAUCAUAUUACCAGAAAUAUCGAAAAGGCCAAAAGCUUGAUAGAGGAAGGUGGCGAUUGGGACAGACGAAACCGUCUGAAAGUCUAUCAGGGAACAUAUUGCAUAGCAGUUCGCAACUUCAAGGAAGCUGCAAACUUUUUCUUGGACACAAUCAGCACAUUCACGAGUUACGAACUAAUGGAUUACAACACGUUCGUGAGGUACACUGUAUACUUGAGUAUGAUAAGUCUCCCGCGUAACGAGCUGAGAGACAAGAUUAUCAAGGGAUCCGAGAUACUAGAAGUUCUUCAUAGCAAUUCAGAUGUCAAGGAUUACUUGUUCUCAUUGUAUAAUUGCCAUUACGCGGACUUUUUCAAGAAUCUCGCGCACGUUGAAGGAUUACUGCGCCGAGAUUACUUGGUGUUUCCGCAUUAUCGAUAUUACGUACGAGAGAUGCGUAUACUCGCCUACACGCAGCUAUUGGAAUCCUAUCGGUCUUUAACCCUCCAGUAUAUGGCUGAAGCAUUUGGCGUUACAGUAGAAUAUAUUGAUCAAGAAUUGUCGCGCUUUAUAGCAGCGGGGAGAUUGCAUUGCAAGGUUGAUCGGGUCGGGGGUGUAGUCGAAACCAACCGGCCAGAUAGUAAAAAUUGGCAAUACCAAGCAAUGGUGAAGCAAGGAGAUCUCUUACUCAACAGGGUGCAAAAAUUAUCGCGUGUUAUUAAUAUUUAAUUUCUUAUACGAUAUUAUCAUAUAUAUAUAUAUAUAUCAAAUAUACGCGCAAUGUACACCUCUAA